GCAAGCGGAUCCAGUUAGAGAGUUUCGGUCGGGGCUCCGACAAUGUUAUAAUUGGUUUAGCUUUUUUGAAAUUCUCCAUGGCGGACGAGAAAGAGAUCGUCGAUAUCUAUAGCUCGGAUGAGGAAGAAGAAGAAGAUGAUGAUGAUGAUAAUGUCGAUAGCGAGAGUAGCAGCGAAGAAGAAGACGAAGAAGAAGAAGAUGAUGAUCGGAGUUUGAGUGGAGAUGAUAGCGAAUUAAGCGAAGAUGAUUCUACGGAUUCGAAUUCGGAUUCUGAUGACGAUGACGACGAAGAUGAGGAAGGCGAUGAUAACGAAGACGAAGAAGACUCUCUUGUUGAUAAAGUCACUCGUCUAUUCAAAGGGAAACAAGAUUGAGAGACUCAUCUACAUUUCUUAGCUGAGAAAGCUUUCUUAAGGAUAAUAGAUAGGAGCAAAGAAGCAGUUUAUCAAAGAUCAUCUAUUGGAAAGGUAAACUAAAUCAUAUACUGUUCCUAUAUACAAUGCUCAGAGAUGUCGAGAAUUUGUUUUACAGAGGGAUAUUUUUUGUUCUCUUUACACUUAUAUAGUUAUCUCAGCUUCAAUUAGAGAGUUUUAGAGAUAUGGCUAUUCCCCAAAAACGAUUUGUAAACUCUUGUUUUGAUUACUAUAAGUACGAAAUGUAUCUGAUGAAUACCAGUAUUUAUAUAACUCACUGUUCCCGGUGUA